UAUUCUGUUACAUUGUAGCAAAAUGGCGACUGUCAUUCACAACCCCCUGAAAGCGCUUGGGGACCAGUUCUACAAGGAAGCCAUUGAGCACUGCCGGAGUUAUAACUCACGGCUGUGCGCAGAGCGCAGUGUACGUCUUCCCUUCUUGGACUCACAGACCGGGGUUGCCCAGAACAACUGCUACAUCUGGAUGGAGAAGAGGCACCGAGGCCCAGGCCUUGCCCCAGGCCAGCUGUAUACAUAUCCUGCCCGCUGCUGGCGCAAGAAGAGACGAUUACACCCACCUGAGGAUCCAAAGCUGCGGCUACUGGAAAUAAAACCUGAAGUGGAGCUGCCGCUUAAGAAGGAUGGCUUCACCUCAGAGAGCACCACGCUGGAGGCCUUGCUCCGUGGUGAAGGGGUGGAGAAGAAGGUGGAUGCCAGAGAGGAGGAGAGCGUCCAGGAGAUACAGAGGGUUUUGGAAAAUGAUGAAAAUGUAGAAGAAGGGAAUGAGGAAGAAGAUUUAGAAGAGGAUAUUCCCAAGCGGAAGAAUAGAACAAGAGGACGGGCUCGUGGCUCUGCAGGGGGCCGGAGGAGGCAUGACGCUGCCUCUCAGGAAGACCAUGACAAGCCUUACGUCUGCGACAUUUGUGGCAAGCGCUACAAGAACCGGCCGGGACUCAGCUACCACUACGCUCACACUCACCUGGCCAGUGAGGAGGGGGAUGAGGCCCAAGAUCAGGAGACCCGGUCCCCCCCAAACCACAGAAACGAGAAUCACAGACCUCAGAAAGGACCGGAUGGAACAGUCAUUCCCAAUAACUACUGUGACUUCUGCUUGGGGGGCUCUAACAUGAACAAGAAGAGUGGGCGGCCUGAAGAACUGGUGUCCUGUGCAGACUGUGGACGCUCUGGUCACCCAACCUGCCUGCAGUUCACCCUGAACAUGACUGAGGCUGUCAAGACCUACAAAUGGCAGUGCAUAGAGUGCAAAUCCUGCAUCCUCUGUGGGACCUCGGAGAAUGAUGACCAGCUGCUCUUCUGCGAUGACUGUGACCGUGGCUAUCACAUGUACUGUUUAAACCCACCAGUGGCUGAGCCCCCCGAAGGAAGCUGGAGCUGCCACUUAUGCUGGGAACUGCUCAAAGAGAAAGCUUCGGCCUUUGGCUGCCAGGCCUAGGGCCCCAGGUCACAGCAUGUGACUUGCUGCUGGGGAGGCUGAACCAGAGCCCAAUUCAAAUCAGAUCAAGCCCUCCCCCCACGUAUCCAGGCUGACCAAUUGUAAGGAAAAGAAAUAGUCCCCAAGGGGCAUGGACACGUGCAGCCAAGAGGGCACGGUGUCUGCUCACCUCCCCCACCUAAGCCAGUCCUCCCUGUCUCUAUGUACCAGAAGGACCUUUCACUUUUGAGGAACAACCCCCAACCCAGCCUGUGGACCCUUCUCCCCUUCACCCUGGCAUUAUGGCCCUCUUCCUGGUCCCUAUUUUAAGGGAAGCCAUUUUGUGGCCACUCAUCCAUCAUUCAUGUGUCAUUUGGUGAGUUUUCUUUUUUUUUUUUUUAUCUAUCGUGUUCCAAGAAAUCUUCACACAGCCUCAUCCCUACCACUGGCUUCGGCUCUUCAUCCGCAGCUCUCACCAGAGGAACAGGGCUCUUGAGAAAUUGUGGUUUAUUACAAGCCUCACCAGAAACGUCUAGACUUAGAGCCUUGAAAUCCUUCCUGUUCCUUGGUCUCUGCAGAGAGGAAAAGUUGCUUUCCAGAACCCCAGCCGUGGCAGCCACAGCAGGGACGGCCGUGAUCUGCUGUGUGAUGUCACGGGGAGGGAGGCUGAAGCCCUGAGAGAUGGGGGGAAACAUGGUGAACGUGAUGCCUGCUACGGCCAGUCAGUAUUUAUUAUCCAUCAAGAGAGACUCACAAGAGACCGGUCUGGUUCCUUGACCUUCAGAGGUGUGGGGCAUCCUUGAUGUGAGACAAGUCACAGCCAUUGCUCAAGACUCAGCCUUCUACCCACCUACCUGGGUCUAGAGGCCUGAGUCAACUGCCUUCUGGGGGGUGGGGACCCAGGAGUCAGGAGCAAGGGCUUCCCAAUCCAGAUUCCCAAUGUUGGGUACAAGGGACUACAGCCUUGAGAAGCCCUUCAGUAUUGGAUGCAAAGCUACAAAGUCCUUUUCCCAAGCAAUGUCUUCCUUCCACUGUAUAUUUACCCUUGUCUACUGAGUCCUGACUGGAAAUUUUAGGAAGGGGGAGAGAUGACUUUUACCUACACAAAUAAUUGGGCUGACAAGAUUGUAUAUGAUCAGGGUGGCCAUGAUUCAGAACCCUCGGCUUGAGGACCACUCACGUCUCCUCUAAUGUCCCCAGUGUGUGCCAGACUCUGUUUUUUUUUUUGUUGUUGUUAGUGUUUCUAGAAGAAAGAGGUGGGGAGGCUCAGCUUCCGAGAACUCUGUGUGUUGGAAGAUAGCCCUGUGAGCUGGAGCACUAGCUGUCUUUGAAUCGCAGCAACAGCACAAUCACUGACACAUUUCUGGAAAAAUCAUUUGCCCAAAGGGCAGGUCUCGGUGAGCGGGACCCUCGCGCAUGCUUGGCUUCCCUGAAAUCAGCUGUCUCUGUGGUCCGGCUGCUUGUAACAAAGGCCCAGGUUAUUUUUAGUUCUUCAGCUCCUGAAGAAGCCCCCAGAGACUCGGGCUGGUUGGGCCACUUCUGCCCAGCUGCAGCGUUGGCUCGGCCACUCGGCAGGAGCUUUCCUCUUCCGGCUAAUUGCUCUUGGCCGGUGCACCCAGGGCAGCCUGGCGUGGAGCUGAGCACUGUGGGAAUCCCCCACUCCUCUGCAGAGUGACCUGUGCCCAGAGAUGGGGGUCACGCUCCUGUGGGGCCCAUGAGUUACACACAUGCAUAAUGAUCACAUUUAAAGGGCUCUGUCUGGAUGGAAUUUUCAUCUCCCUUAUAAGAUAUUUUUUCCCCCUUCUGGUUUGAUGAGCCCAUCUAGACUCUAAAAGCCCAGGCAGGAAUAGCCAGGUGUUGUGGCGGGCGCCUGUAGUCCCAGCUCCUUGGGAGGCUGAGGCAAUAGAAUCACUUAAGCCCAAGAGUGUGAGGUUGCUGUGAGCUGUGAUGCCACAGUACUCUACCAAGGGUGACAUAAUAAGACUCUGUCUCAAAAAAAAAAAAAAAGAGAAAAGAAAAGCCCAGGGAGCUUUCCACAGUGGCAGUAUAGUAGCCAAUGAGGUUUACCCCAGGCGUGAUUAUUGCUAAUUGAAAAGCCCAGGGAGGGUUAGAGAGGGUGACAUCACAUCAGCAGGGCGCCUUGCUGCUCCUCACUACCUGGCUCUCCCUUGUCCCACAAAACCCAAAGCAGGGUGUCUUUAAAGGCUGAUGAUUGCUUUUAUGAUUUAUCUUUAUUUAAUUUUAGAAAAAAAAGUCCCCAAAUAUUCCUAAAUGCCACAAUGACUUAAAAGUAAAAAAAGCAAAUCUGAAACCCCCAAUUGUUGGAGUAUGGGCAAAUCCGUUCCCCACAGAAAUGGCAGAUGGCAGGAAAGCCCUUUCCUAGCUCCAACUGCCACAUCUGCUCUGCGUACAGGAGCUAAGCCUGGCCUGGAUCCGCAAACAUGCAAAGCAGACUGGAACUUGCCUGCAGUGGUGGAAGGUCAGAGUUCUGAGGUGACACUGGGGAGGGCCCAGAGUUCCCUUCUUAGUUUCAUGACUCCCUGCAGAAUGGGCACAAGUCCUUCAUCUUUGGAAGCUUCGGUUUCCCCAUCUGGAAAGCAAGGAUAGCAAAGCCAGCUUGUGGGAUGGU